AUUAUUUCGGUUUUGUCGCUGUUCUUUUUCUUUUUGCUCCUUUUUGUUAUGUAUAUAUAUAAAAGGUCUGGGUUUGCCUUUUCCAUUUCCUCUAGUUUUUGAGCCACUGAGAUUGGAGAUAAAGGGAUAGAGAAAUGAGAACCAGGAGAGGGGUUGGUUACAAUAGGGCCGAUGUUUGUGUAGAGAAGAAAACAGUCGUUAAAACCCCGGAUUUCGCCGGAGAUUUCUUGGGUUUCCGGAAACGGCAAAGGCUGUCCCCGGAUAUUGUCCGGAAGAGUGAUUUGUUCGAUGUUUUACCUGAUGAUAUCGUCGUUUCUAUACUCUCUAAACUCAGCUCCACCGCCUGCUGCCCUUCCGAUUUCAUCAACGUUUUGAUCACAUGCAAGAGAUUCAAUAAUUUAGCACUCAAUUCUGUGGUGUUAUCUAAGGCGUCACCGAAAACGUUUGCCGUCAAAGCCAAAAACUGGUCUGAGUCAGCUCACCGGUUCUUGAAGUCUUGCGCUGAUGCCGGAAACGUUGAAGCUUGUUAUACUCUUGGAAUGAUUCGGUUCUACUGUUUACAAAAUCGAGGGAGUGGAGUCUCUCUUAUGGCUAAGGCGGCGAUUAGUUCCCACGCGCCGGCGCUUUUUUCCUUAGCUGUGAUUCAGUUCAACGGAAGUGGCGGUUCUAAAAACGAUAAGGACCUAAGAGCCGGUGUUGCUUUAUGCGCCCGUGCUGCUUUUCUCGGCCACAUCGAUUCCCUACGUGAGCUCGGCCACUGUCUGCAGGAUGGGUAUGGCAUCCGGCAAAACGUAGCCGAGGGACGGCGAUUUCUUGUCCAAGCCAACGCCCAGGAGCUAGGGGCAGUGCUAUCAUCAGCGGCCGCUUCUAACAUAAGCACGCACACUUGGCUGACCUGGAGCCUACACCCAAUCCCUCACGUCAGCCUACGUCAGCCGGCCGUGCCGGGAUGCCCAUUGAUGAGUGAUUUCGGAUGCAAUGUGCCCGCGCCGGAGGCUCAACCGACCAGCAGGUUCUUAGCAGAGUGGUUCGACGCCCGGGGCGGGAUGCCGGGUCCGGGUUUGAGAAUAUGCUCACACGUUGGUUGCGGGAGGCCGGAGACGAGGAAACACGAGUUCCGGCGGUGUUCGGUUUGCGGAGCUGUGAAUUACUGCUCACGCGCUUGCCAGGCUCUUGAUUGGAAGCUCCGCCACAAAGCCGAGUGCGCGCCGGUAGAACGGUGGCUCGAUGAGGAAGUUGUCGGUGGCGACGGUAACGGGGCUUUCGAUGGGAAUGAAGACGUGAUUGCCGGAAGUUAAUAAAAACGUAACGGUGAUGUUUAAUUUAUGGUCCUAAAAAAUGAAAAAGAAGAAUAAUUAGUAGUAAUGGUCGUCGAAAGCUGAAACGGCAGAGUUUUCUUUCACUUGAAAGUUAGGGUAAAGAUAUUUAAUCUCAAAGUGAAUU